AUGGCCAAGCGAUGUUCUAAUUGUAACAGCGACCUCUCUGCAGACGAUCUGGACUUGAAGUCGGUGGCCGAAUACUUCAAUCAGGAAGAGGCACAGAGAUAUUGGGAAGAAGGUGCAGCAAAUGGCUGCCUAUUUUGUCGCCUUAUAGCUGCGGUUUGGGCGGAUGCAGGACAGCAAUAUAGAUGUUAUAGAUCAGGAUAUGUGAAGAUUGGACAAGCUACAAACGGACAGUACUUCCUACGUUUGGUCAACAUACUCUCCAGAUUACCGCAUACUGUUGAUCGCGGCGUGUAUGCAACGAUCGCCAUAUAUCUAGAAGGUAAAGCUAGCCCUUUCGAUAGAUAUGUUUCCCAAACCAACACCGCAGAUUCUGGUCUUCCCAUUCUCUUAGAGAGAUACAAGCCGAUCCCUCGGCAAGCCAUAGAUCCUGCGUGCCUGAGUUUGGCAAAACAAUGGUUGUCGACCUGUCAGAAUGGGCAUCGGCGGUGCGAUGAGAAGUUUGAUACAGCUGGUCCCUCUCGGCUUGUCGAACUCCGGGGCGAUGUCAUUAAGCUUGUGCUAAAUCCAGAGGAGUCGACCCGGGGCUCCUAUGUUGCGCUCAGCCACUGCUGGGGCGGUUCGCAACCACUCAAAACCACGUUGGGAUCUCUGGCUGGCUUCCAGGAGCAAAUUCCUGCCAAUGAUCUUCCCCGGACAUUCUCGGAUGCCAUAUAUAUCACCCGAGCGCUUGGAUUUUCGCAUAUCUGGAUUGAUAGUUUAUGCAUUGUCCAAGACGACGCCUUGGAUUGGGAGCAGCAAUCAAGUAAAAUGGCGAGCAUAUACAGCAAUGCCGAGCUGGUCUUGGCUGGUGUUGCAGCGGGAUCAGCAAAUGAAGGGUUUCUCCGAAAACCAAGGCAAUCCUGUGAAAGAACAAUUGGUCUAGAUGUGAAAGGAAGCGGAACUUCAUUCACCUACAGAAUAGUGCCCGAUUCGCAUGACUUCAUCGAGGAGCCGUUGUACAAGCGGGGAUGGACUCUACAAGAGAGGUUGUGUGCUCGUCGCUUCCUCGCGUACGGCAACUGGGAGAUGAGUUGGGAAUGCAAAGAAUCUUCUUGCUGCGAGCAUCACGGAAAUAACCUCGACAGCGAUUUGAAUUCGCAAUUGGAAGGCAGUUUUGGAGCCAGGAUGGAUACCACCAAUCCACAAGCUUUCGCACAGCUUUGGAGUACUCGUGUUGUAUAUCCAUAUUGCCGAAGGUUACUGACGGAGAAGAAGGACACACCGAUCGCAAUUUCAGCUCUUGCCGCUCGGUUCCAUUCACAAUACCAAGGUACAUAUCUCGCUGGCUUGUGGAAAGAAGAUCUCUGCAAAACGUUAUUAUGGUUCUCCAAACCACCGGGAUGUCGAUCCUCCUUUUUUGCCCCUACCUGGAGUUGGAUGUCGUUGGAACUGCCUCAUGCGAUUGAUUUCGAUCCUACCGUUAUGUCAAAUCACGAUGCAGAAGAAACACUAGUCUACAACGUGCAAACGGAAGUAACGCCUUCGACGACUAAUCCGUACGGUCCCGUCUCGUCUGGCACAAUACGCUUGGCGGGGAUAUUAAUCUCGGCAUCGCUCGAAGCUGGUCCUUCACCAGAAGGUCUCUGGGAGGGUACCAAGGUAUCGACUAUGCGGCACGAUGUUUCCGGUACGAUUUCCUACAUAGAUACACCUAUUGUUCGGACGGAUGUUCGACUUAUGGAUGGAACUGAAGAGAGUACAACGAAGCGAAAGGAGAAACAGGAAGACAGCUCAGGCGGACCUUACCCAGUAAUGCUUCUUCCGAUUUUUAGAUUUAGCUGGGGUGUAACGGGACUCCUACUCGGGCGGUCAGCCACUUGCGUAGGUGCGUAUGAGCGCAUCGGAAUGUUCGAUUAUCUUGCAGAAGUCAAGUUCGAAUCCAUGAGAAAAGACUACAAGGCCUGCGAUAUCACCCUUGUCUAG